AUAUAAACACUUGUCUACAUUAUGUGUAAUUUAAAGGUUGGUUAUGGAACAUAGAGCUUCCAAGUAGAACUCUCCAACUUCAAUUCAUCCAACAAAAAACAAAAAUAACCUUAUAAAUAAUCAUAUCAACAAAGCACCAAAUAUCACCGGUUAAUUUCCUACUUCCACGUACAUCCCCUUUAAUCUUCAACUUUAAAUUCAUGCAUAUCCUUAAACUAUAGUCUUAAGUCUUUAUAUAUAUCUCCUAAUAUGUAACGUUUUUACAAAACAAGUAUUAUAGUUAUUUCAUGCAAAGAAAUGGCAAAAGCAAUAGGUAUUGAUUUAGGAACAACAUACUCUUGUGUAGGAGUAUGGCAAAAUGAUAGAGUAGAGAUCAUACCUAAUGAUCAAGGCAACCGUACCACACCGUCCUACGUCGCCUUCACGGACACCGAACGCCUCAUCGGGGACGCAGCGAAGAACCAAGUGGCGAUGAACCCCGAGAACACGGUGUUCGACGCUAAGAGGCUGAUAGGGAGGAGGUUUUCGGACCCCUCGGUGCAGUCGGAUAUGAAGUUAUGGCCGUUUAAAGUGAUACGAGGCGUGGCUGAAAAGCCGAUGAUAGUGGUGAGGUAUAAGGGGGAAGAGAAGGAGUUUGCUCCGGAAGAGAUAUCGUCUAUGGUGUUGGUUAAGAUGAAAGAGGUUGCUGAGCAGUUUCUUGGGUUGUCUAUUAAGGAUGCUGUUGUUACUGUUCCUGCUUACUUCAAUGACUCUCAACGCCAGGCAACUAAAGAUGCAGGAGCUAUAUCAGGCUUAAACGUGAUGCGUAUAAUCAACGAGCCAACAGCAGCAGCCAUAGCAUACGGCUUAGACAAGAAGGCAGCUCAAACUGGCGAGAAAAACAUCCUAAUCUUCGACCUCGGUGGUGGAACCUUCGACGUCUCGAUUCUUACAAUCGAGGAAGGUAUCUUUGAGGUCAAGGCUACGGCCGGAGACACCCAUCUAGGAGGAGAAGAUUUCGACAAUCGUCUCGUAAACCAUUUUGUCACGGAGUUUCGUAGGAAGACUAAAAAGGACAUAAGUGGUAAUGCAAGAUCUCUACGUCGUCUUCGUACUGCUUGUGAACGGGCGAAACGAGCCCUUUCCUCUACCGCACAAACUACUAUUGAGAUUGACUCGUUGUAUGAAGGGAUGGACUUUUAUGCGACCAUUACUCGGGCGAGGUUUGAAGAGUUGAACAUGGACUUGUUUAGGAAGUGUAUGGAGCCGGUUGAGAAGUGUAUUCGAGAUGCAAAGAUGGAUAAGAGUCAAAUCGAUGAGGUUGUUCUUGUAGGAGGGUCUACGAGAAUUCCUAAGGUUCAACAAUUGUUACUUGAUGUCUUUAAUGGGAAGGAGCUUUGUAAGAGCAUUAAUCCCGACGAGGCUGUGGCAUAUGGUGCGGCCGUGCAGGCGGCGAUUUUAUGUGGGGAGGGACAUGAGAAGGUGCAAGACUUGUUGUUACUAGACGUUACACCAUUGAGUUUAGGGCUCGAGACUGCUGGUGGGGUGAUGACGACUUUAAUCCCUAGGAACACCACCAUCCCUACUAAGAAGGAGCAAAUAUUUUCUACUUACUCUGAUAAUCAACCAGGAGUUUUAGUACAAGUAUUCGAAGGAGAACGAGCAAGGACAAAGGAUAAUAACUUGCUUGGAAAGUUUGAGCUUGGUGGGAUUCCUCCGGCACCUAGAGGGGUACCUCAGAUAAAUGUAACGUUUGAUAUUGAUGCUAAUGGGAUAUUGAAUGUGGCUGCUGAGGAUAAGACUGCAGGGGUGAAGAACAAGAUCACUAUAACAAAUGAUAAAGGGAGGUUGAGUAAGGAUGAUAUUGACAGGAUGGUGAAGGAAGCGGAGAGGUACAAGGCGGAAGAUGAGGAUGUGAAGAAGAGGGUGGAGGCAAAGAACUCAUUGGAGAACUACGCGUAUAAUAUGAGGAAUACGAUAAGGGAUGACAAGUUCAGAAGCAAAUUGGGGGAGGAGGAACGUGGAAAAAUCGAAAAGGCAGUAGGAGAAGUCGUGGAGUGGGUGGAGGCAAAUCAGUUGGCUGAAGUAGAAGAGUUUGAGCAUAAGCAAAAGGAGUUAGAGGGGGUGUGUAAUCCAAUCAUUUCAAGGAUGUAUCAAGAAGCUGGUGGCGUCAAUGGAGAGGCCGGUGAUGAGGACAUGGGCGGUGGUUCUAGUGAUGCACGUGCCGGGGGUGGUGGGCCUAAGAUUGAAGAGGUGGAUUAAGGUGGUGUGAUCAUCACCUGAAUCAUGCUGUGGAUUUCAGGAUAGCUCCUCUGUUUUAGUUUCCUCUGUUUUGUGUAUAUGGUGUUGUAAUGUUGUUGUUUUAAUGUUGCUUUAUUUUUUAUGUAUGAGUUAUGACUCUGAAUCCAUGACUAUGUGAAUAGAAAUAGUCAGUAAUUAAUGAAUAAAAAGGAAUUAGAUUGUGAGC